UGUGUGAUUCUGCACAAAGUCUGUGCAGUCACUGGCACUGUGCUUGCAGCAGAAAUAUUGGAGGAAUACGCGCUAAUUCUAGCUGAAAGAUAUUUGUUUACAGAAAGGCAUGCAUAUUAAUAUACGCUUAUUAUUAUCGCUACACACUGUAGAUAUGUAAAUAAGGUAGAAUAGUUGUCGAUAGACGAAUAUCAAAUAGGUCGAAGACCAAUGCAAGAAGACUGCUAGCCAGGAAGCUAGCUAGCUAACGGUUACGUUAGUUUGUAGCUAGCUUGCCAUUUUCAACCAGUGGCCAGCUAGUCAAGUUAGCCAUGCUAAUUGGACCCUGCAGGGUUGCACUGAGAGCUUGAUGUGACAGACUGCAUUAUUAGGGGAGCCCUGCAAGACUUCCAAGGAAACCCACUAACCAAAGCAGGUGCAUCACUCAGUUAACCUCACACAUAGUAUUGUACCUGCAGACACAGUGGAUACAACUUUAUUACCUCUAAGCAGCCCGAUGAGUGUUUAAGGGGAGGCACCCGGCCCGCAGUGGCCCAUGCUCCGUACCCACUUCCCUCCCUGCCUUCCCUCCCCUUCAAGCUGAUUCAGAGCCGACAGACACUCUCCCGGCACCACCUCCCCACCCACUCCGUCCCUCAUCCUCAGGCCAUGGCUGCGGGCACGGAGACGGUGCACUACAUCCACCUGCACAACUCCAGCCAGUCUGUUCUGGAGGCUUUACGGACGCAGCGGCGUGAAGGCCUCUUCUGCGACGUGACGGUGCGCAUACAUGACGCCUCGCUGCGUGCCCACGCCUGCGUGCUGGCCGCUGGCAGCCCCUUCUUCCAGGACAAGCUGCUGCUGGGCCACUCUGAGAUCUCGGUGCCGCCGCUGGUCCCUGCUGAGACGGUGAAGCAGCUGGUGGAUUUUAUGUACAGCGGCUCGCUAGUGGUGGUGCAGUCGCAGGCCCUCUGCAUCCUCACCGCUGCCAGCAUCCUGCAGAUUAAGACGGUCAUCGACGAGUGCACCCAGAUCAUCUCCCAGAGGAAGGUGGCUGCUGCGGCAGCAGCCGCAGCAAGUGGAGGUGGAGGGGGGAUGACAGUUGGAGUCCUGCCCAAGCAGGAGGAGCGGGGAGGGGGUAAAGGUAGGGACAGCGGUGGUGGUUGUAUUGGUGGUGGUGGCGGAGUCAGCGGUGGUGGGGGUUACCAGAGCUUCUCGAACUUCACCUUAGGGGACUGCGGAGCGAGCAACAUGGUCACAGGCCUGGGCGGAUCUAACUUGAGCGUUAAUGUUAGCGAGAGUGGCCCAGGAGGCGCCCUGGAGCAGGCUAACCCAGUGGGGCUGAUGGCUCUAGCUGACAUGGGCAGCCCCGGGGCCCUGUGUGGGGCUGACGGGCUGAGCUCAGGGGCCGGCGGAGUCCUCAUGAAGAACUCAAGUUGCACACAGGAUGUGAGGUACAAGCUGAGAGACCUGCUAGCGGCAACCGCUAACGGCGCCAAUGCCGGAAGCUCAGGGAAUCUCUCAGUCGGCUGCAGCUCUGGUGUCAGCAGCGUGGACAGCAUUGGCCGGGACAGUAUCCGCAGCAAUGCGGCUGACCUCUCGGAGGAGCUUGUGGGGAUGGACAGAUACUGCGAGGCGGAGGAGAUGGAUGGACAUCACAGAGGGAGAGACUUGGACAGGGACAGAGGGGCAGGAGGACACAGCCGCAAGCAGAGGCAGCCACUCAGGCUUCAGGUUCUUGUAGGAGAGGAAGUGGUGGUGAAGGAUGAAGGAGUGCAGGAGCCGGAUGGAGGGGUCUUCGGCUUGGAGGAGGGAAGACGAGUUGAAGGGCAGGAGGGCACACAGGAAUCCAUGGCAACCUUCGGCCAGGAGGGUGUAUUCUAUGAUGAGGCUGGAGUUUUCUCCCCCGAGGCUUUCUGGCCCCAGAACGAGCCGGCUCAGACCAUGUCCUUCAACCCCAGAGGAAGAGGAAACAAGCCACUGUCUCCCCCUACCUCUUCACAGUCCAUCAACAAUCAGCUACUUUUUCAGUACCCAGUCAGCCAAUCACAGCCAUCAGCCUCAUUCUUUGUGGGCGGACCGAUGGUUAUUGACAGCAUGGCAGGAACGGAGCACAGCCAACAAGCUCCGCCCCCGGCACCAAUGACCCCUGUUCUGUCAACCUGUGGCACGCCAGGCCCCUCCCCUUCCUCCCAGGGAUCUGAGACGUCCUUCGACUGCACUCACUGUGGGAAAUCGUUACGUUCCAGGAAGAACUACAGCAAGCACAUGUUCAUACACUCCGGUCAAAAGCCUCAUCAGUGCAGCAUCUGCUGGCGCUCCUUCUCCCUGCGCGACUACCUCCUCAAGCACAUGGUGGUGCACACGGGCGUGCGCGCCUUCCAGUGCUCUGUGUGCGGCAAGCGCUUCACACAGAAGAGCUCACUCAACGUGCACAUGCGCACGCACCGGGCCGAGCGCACCUUCCAGUGCACCGUGUGCCACCGGGCAUUCACCCACCGCACCCUGCUGGAGCGCCACGCCCUGCAACACACCCACCAUGGGGCCACCCAGGGCCAAGGGCAGGGACAGGGCCUCCAGCAGACCCCUAAACACAGCCCUCCAGCCCUGGCAGGGCCCUCGGGCAUGUGCGGCUCAGCUGGGAUGGGCGGCACCAUGGCCAACAUGCCCAGCCACGGGCCGCCCUCCUAGAAGGAGAGAGAGGGGGAGGAGGGCCCAAUCCCAAACUGAUCCGUCACCCCUAUCCUGGAGCCAUUUUCUGAUCUGAGAGGAUUGCUAGGUAUGAGCAACAUGGUGGAUACUCCAUCUAGACCUAUUGGAGGCUGGAUGAGGUUUGUGCCAUAUUUCUCACACCUAUGAAGCCCUUGCCGAUAUGCAAGAGGGAGUUGCCAAUAAUGGAAAAAAAGGGGAGAUCACUGGUUUGGGAUUGGGGAAGAAAAGGGAGAGAGAGGCAGAAAGCUGUUGGAGACUAAUUGCAGGAGAUUGAGGGGAGGAAAUGUAGGAGGGCUGAGAAACAGAGACAGAAAAGGGGGAGGGAGAGAAAGCAAAAAAGGAGAACAAGCUACGACUAGAAAAAGAGUGCAGGGUGAUGAACCGAUGAAGAAGAGAGCAAAUGAAUCUAUGAGAGUUACCAUCAUACAUCAAGACGACAUAGGAACGAUAUUACAUGCAGGAGGCACUGGGCGACCCAGGAUCAUAUACCUCGAAACAGGAAGAGACAGGAAAUGAAUUAAGGACACAACUUUUAUUUUGAAAUGUGACAAACGUUUCAGCAUGUUGUACACACCUCAAAGAAUACCUCGGCGGUCCAAAGACAGGCAUUAUGCUACACAUGUUUAAUAGCUACAUCAAACAGCAAAACAGUGGGAACUAAAGCUACCUGAAAUCUCUUCCUUUUAAAACCGUACAAUUACUUUUUUUUACAUAAUAUUCCUUUACAUUGUCGAUAUGAGUUUAUUUGUCGCUCAUUUGUGAUUUAUUGAUGA